AUGCCGCCUCGUUUUAAGCUCGCUCAUCUAUUCCCGCUGUUCGUGGCUGUUGCCCACACCAUCGGCGGAGUCGUUCCAUUCUUCGCUGAAGACGCUGGAAUUCGCUCGUUCGGGCUUCCAGAAAGAUUCGCACAGUCGACUAUUGCGCAGGCGUGCUUUACUCUUGAUGGCGCUCGGUUAUCUGUUUUGGGAAUGGUGCAGCUGAUCAUGUAUCUUCGCGGGGAUUACGUUGCAGUGGACAUCAUCAUGGCCCUAUUGGUGUACGUUGGGCUCGUCGAUGGAUACAAUGACAUCGCUGCUGUGCCAAACUCUCUUCUUGCCAGGAGGCGACACUCGGUGAGCGUUUCAUGGUGGUCCAUUGGACCGGUGCCCAAGGUUGCGAUCAUGUUCCCUGCGGGAACGCCAUCCGAACCCGACGCUUCAACUCUCGGCGCGGGCGCGAGCGCGAGCGAAUUGACAUCGCAACCUGGCCUGAUUCGACUACUUGAACAACAUCCCUGUCCAGAACUGGCAUGGGACUCUUCAGAGCACGAAUACAAUGUCCAUCUCUGGCAAAAUGGCCCGGCCUGCCUUAUCAUCUAG